ACAGAUCAUUAAAACUCUUUGAUGAAAUAUAAUAUUGUCAUUCGUACUUUUAAUGUUACAGAGUAUUUGAAAUGAAGUCCCUUGUAUUUUUACUCCUAGUUUCUACUGUGUCUGGGGGUUAUCGCUCUAGUUAUCGGAAAGAGCGAGCAAGAGACGGCGGGGUCUUCAAAUUUUUAGUUUCUGGAAAUGAAACUGCUAUUAAACAGGCACUUUCAACAUGCUUAACCCCAGGCUGUGUUAAAGCAGCUGCAACUGUUCUUGAAAUGAUAGAUAUGAAAGUGGACCCUUGCGAUAACUUCUAUGAUUUUGCUUGUGGAAACUUUCUUAAAGAGACAACUAUUCCAGAUCAUAAGUCUGAAACAGGUUCCUUCCAGAUGCUGGCAGAUAAGCAUAACGAGCGUCUCAGGAAAUUAUUUGAAACCAGCCCCUCGGCUAAUGAGCCGAAAAUAUUUGAGUCUGUGAGAAACUACUACAAAAGCUGUUUGGAUCAGGAUAAUAUUGAGGUGACAGGUAGAAAGGCUCUGCUUGAUAUGGUGGGUCAGCUUGGUGGCUGGCCAAUACUUGAAGGCAAUAACUGGGAAGACAAGACAUUUACAUGGCAAGAUUUUGAUGUCAAAGCCAAUCAAAAAGGACUUGACACAGGAAGAAUAAUAAAAUUCGAAAUUCUGGCAAAUUCUGAAAAUGUCAACAUGAGAAUGAUGCAUGUUGUCCAGCCCAAUUUGGGGUUGAGCAGAGAAUAUAUGAUUAAUGGAGUUAAUAACAAGGAAGUUAAAGCAUACUUCAGGUAUAUGGUUGAUUUAGCUGUGUAUCUUGGGGCAACAAAGGAAAUUGCAGAGGAAGAACUGAAAGAAUCCUUGUUGUUUGAAAUCAAAUUAGCAGAGAUAAGUUUACCAAGGGAGCUGCUAAGAAAUGCAACAGCCUUGACCAAUCCGAUGAUAGUUAAGGAGGCAAAUAAACUCUUUCCUGGGUUUAACUGGACAGAACAUAUUAACAACAUCUUUCCUGAUUUGGAAGCCCCUCUUCAAUCCAAUGAAGUAAUCAAUCUCAAAGUACCCCUAUAUGUAAAGAGGAUAGCAGAGUACUUACCCACUGUACCUGCUCGAGUUCAAGCAAAUUAUCUAAUCUGGAGGACUAUCAAGGACUUGGUGCUAUUUGGUGACAAGACUGUGCAGCAGAUUGAUUUGAAAUAUAUUAAUAUUUUAACUGGGGAGUCUCUUGUUAGUCCCAGAUGGGAGAUCUGUGCUAAGGUAGUUGCAGGAUUGAAUGGAAAUUUAGAAUUUUACUUUAAAGAAGGUUCACUGACAAAUGCAGUUGGUGCCAUGUUUGCCAAAGAAUACUUUCCUGAGAGUAGUAAACUUGUGGCUGAUGAAAUGGUUAUUAACAUCAAGAGGGAGUUUAAGAUAAUAUUGGAUGAGCUUGAAUGGAUGGAUGAUAUUACAAAGAAGAAGGCCCAUGUCAAGGUGGACAAGAUGACACCUCACAUUGGAUAUGCCAAGGAGAUCUUAGAUAACAAUCUAGUCAACGAGUUUUAUCAAGGUUUGGAAUUGAAUUCUCUUGAUUUCUUGAGGAACUACUUGAAUCUGACAAGCUUUAUCAAGAAGUAUAAUUCAAAAGAAUUCAGGAAACCCAUCAAUCAUAAAAGUUGGAAAAUACAUGGUGGAGCUGCUAUUGUAGAAGCAUUUUAUGGUGUACACCAAAACAGCUUAAUUUUCCCAGCAGGAAUAUUAUAUGGUGUCUUUUUUCAGUCUGACCGUCCGAAAUACAUGAAUUAUGGUGCCAUUGGGUCUGUUAUUGGUCAUGAGAUCACACAUGGAUUUGAUGAUCAAGGAAGCCAAAGAGAUGAAGAUGGCAACUUAGUAAACUGGUGGGAGCCAGAGACUAAGCAGAAAUUUCUUGAAAAAGCUCAGUGCAUAAUUGACCAGUAUGGAAAUUAUACGGUUGAUAUAAAUGGCACAGUUUAUAAUCUUGACAGUAUAAACACCCAAGGAGAGAAUAUAGCUGAUAAUGGUGGUAUCAAAGAAGCCUACAGAGCAUAUAAGAGGCUGAUUAGAAAAGAAGGGGAGGAACUCUCUUUACCUGGAUUACAAUACACCCCUCGCCAGCUGUUCUGGAUUUCGUCUGCUGCACUUUAUUGUAAAGUUGCACGAGACAAUCAAAUGAUAAAUACAAUUCUAACUGAUUAUCAUGCUCCAUACAGGUUCAGAGUGCUUGGACCUUUCAGCAAUCAAAAGGAGUUUUCUAAAGACUGGAAUUGUCCAUUAGGAUCUGCAAUGAACCCUGAAAAAAAGUGCAGUGUCUGGUGAACAAACAUAAAAUGUAAAAGUUGUAAUUCAAUAUCUAAAUCUUCUAAUUAUUUGAAAAUGUAUGCAAAUUUUCUUGUUUUUUUUGCUGAAUAAAAGAGUUUUACUUGAGA